AUGGACAAAAAUACAGCAUACUCCCCUUCGUUAGCAUCGAGCAGGAAUCAUGACGAUGAGCAACAAGAAGUUGUAGAUUUAGACAUUCAUUAUUUAGAUAUGGUAGAGUGUCCACUAGAUCCAGAACAUAGGCUCAGAAGACAUAGGCUGUCAAGUCAUAUUCUUAAGUGUAGAAAAAACUUUCCUUCUAAACAGCGAUGUCCAUACGGAAAUUAUCAUUACAUAGAAAAACAAGACAUGACUAAACAUUUGCUAGUAUGUCCUGACAAGCCUCAAUAUAUUCAAGCUGAAGCAAUGCAACCCCAUGCAAUAGAGGCUACAUUUAAAAGAACAAGAAAUAUUCAAUAUAAUUAUGAUGUCGAUAAUCAUGUACCUGACGAACCUUAUUGGGACUAA